GUAAGUAAUUCUUCCUUGAACACAAAAAAAAUCCCAAACGUUUGCCCAUGAAAAUUGACGAAAUUGAGAAAUCUGACAAAAGAAAAGGAGGAGGAGAAGAAAAAGAAAGAACCCUAAAAGUAUGGGAUUGUGGGAGCCCUUUAUAUGAUUCUUAUGAACUGGUUUCUGUCAGCCAUGUUAUUGAAAGGCAUUUCAUGGUAUUUCCUUAUCUAACAAAAUCAAGAAAUGUGAAGAAAUCAAGUCCGGUUUCAUCAUCACCAGUUCUAUUAGAAUCCAACAAAUCUGCAGGUUCUACCCAGGUGACGCAGAUCUAUCACAAGGUUAGAGGGUUUGCUUUAGUAAAUUUCUUGUUUGAUCUUGUAGAUGGAAAUUUGUGGAAGAAGCAGCAGCAUGACGGUGAAACAAAAAAGAAGUCUAAGCCCAAGAAGCUGAAAAAUGGGGUUUCUCAGAGCAUAAGCCAAAGUCCAAGCAGAAGAAAGUCGAACAACAUUAAUCUUUGUAAAAGGUGUUUUAGAUGCAAACCGUCAUAAAAUUUGUACUAGGAUCAGUUCAUGGAAGAUAACAUGUACCAGGUAUAUAAGAUAAUCUUGUUCUAUAAUUAAUUGACUUCAUUGAAGUUAUUUACAUUUUCUGCUUAAUAAGCUCAUAAUCUGUAGAAACUUUAUGUAAAAAUUCAUCUGUUUUUUUAUUUUAUU